CGUACCUCUGGAUUUAUGAUGGCUUGUUUGUGGAUACCCGCGCGCAGAGGCCGAUGGCAAGCACUGUUUGUGACUCUUUGUCUGUUCGAGCUGAGCUCAGUAGCUGGACAGGCUCGGUACUCCGUACCGGAAGAGCAGGCAGAAGGCUCUUUUGUUGGAAACAUCGCUAGAGAUUUAGGUUUGGAUGUGACGAGGCUCAUAUCAGGUAAAGCUCGUAUUAUUACCAAAGGAAGCCGACAGUACGUUGAUUUAAACAGAGACAAAGGCACGCUUGUUAUUAAAGAGCGGAUCGACCGAGAAGAGCUGUGUAGAAAGACGACGCCCUGUAGCUUCAGUUUCGAGCUCAUUUUAGAAAACCCAAUCCAGCUUUACCGUGUAACAGUGGAGGUGAUAGACAUAAAUGAUAACAGUCCGUCGUUUCCAAAGGGGGAAAUACAUUUAAAAAUUGUGGAAAGUGCUGCAUCAGGCUCUCGCUUCUCUCUAGAGAGUGCAGACGACCCUGAUGUUGGAAUUAAUGAUAUUCAAAAAUACAUGCUAAAAACUUCAGAUAAUUUCAAACUGGAAGUGCAGAUCCAGCCUGAUGGAGAGAAUGUGAUCGAAAUGGUUUUACAAACCCCGUUAGACCGGGAGAAAGAGGAGACUCACAACCUCGUGCUGAUUGCUUCAGAUGGAGGGGAGCCACACAGAUCAGGGACAGUGCGCAUUCACAUCACUGUGCUGGAUGCUAACGAUAAUGCGCCAGUGUGCAGCCAGCCUGUUUAUAAAGCAGAAGUCAAGGAAAAUUCUCCGACAGGAACAGUGGUUACCUCUGUGAGUGCAACUGAUGCAGAUAAAGGAGUCAAUGGUGAAGUAUCUUAUUCCAUUGCUAAUGUUGCCAGAGAGGCAACAAAUAUUUUUGUAGUAAACGUCAAAACUGGAGAAAUUAAAGUUGCAGGUAUUCUGGAUUUUGAAGAAUCUAAGACCUUUCAAUUAAACGUUAAGGCUAGUGAUCAUGGAGGAUAUUCAGAUACGUGCAAAGUGAUUAUUCAAAUAAUUGACGAGAAUGACAACGUCCCUACAAUUCAGCUGAUGUCAUUUUCUAACUCUAUAUCUGAGGAUUCUCCUCCAGGUACAACUAUAGCUGUUAUUAAUGUUGAUGAUGAAGACUCUGAUGGUAACGGUGUUGUAAAGUGCUUCAUCAACUCUGACAUACCUUUCAAAAUUGAGUCCUCAUUAACAGGAUAUUAUACUAUAGUAACCGAAGACUACUUAGACAGAGAAAGUAUUCCUGAGUAUAAUAUCACCAUCACCGUCUCUGACCAAGGCUCCCCGCCUCUGACUAGCAGUAAAAACAUUAACGUAAAAGUUUUUGACGUGAAUGACAGCCCGCCCAGAUUUGACCAAUCAGAAUAUAGUAAGACUUUACCAGAGAAUAACUCUCCGGGGUUUUCUGUGUUCACUCUAAGUGCUAGUGAUUCAGACUGGGGUCAAAACGCUCGAGUUUCUUACUUUCUGGAGGAGAAAGAGAUUAAUGGGGCAGCUGUGACUUCCUUAGUGUCAGUCAAUUCAGAAAAUGGUGUCAUUCAUGCAGUAAGGUCCUUUGAUUAUGAACAAAUCAAAUGGUUUGAAUUUAACGUAACUGCUCGCGAUGCUGGAUCCCCUCCUCUGAGUUCAGUGGCCACAGUUAAAAUACUGAUCCAGGACCAGAACGACAACCCUCCUCAGGUCCUGUACCCAGUCCAGACUGGUGGCUCUCUGGUGGCUGAGAUGGUGCCUCGUUCAGCAGAUGUGGGCUAUCUGGUCACUAAAGUGGUGGCUGUUGAUGUGGACUCUGGACAGAAUGCCUGGCUCUCCUAUAAACUGCAGAAAGCCACAGACAGGGCGCUGUUUGAAGUGGGCUUACAGAAUGGAGAAAUAAGAACUAUCCGCCAGGUGACUGAUAAAGAUGCUGUGAAACAAAGACUGACUGUUAUAGUGGAGGACAACGGGCAGCCCUCUCGUUCAGCUACAGUCAUUGUUAACGUGGUGGUGGCUGACAGCUUCCCGGAAGUGCUGUCUGAGUUCACUGACUUUAUACAGGACAAGGAGUACAAUGACAACCUGACUUUUUACUUAGUGCUGGCUCUGGCUGUAGUGUCCUUCCUCUUCAUCACGUGUUUAGUGGUUAUCAUAUCAGUGAAGAUCUACAGGUGGAGACAGUCUCGCAUCAUGUUUCACUCCAAUCUCCCUGUGAUUCCUUAUUAUCCUCCACGUUACCCAGACACUUUGGGGACAGGGACUCUCCAACACGUGUACAAUUACGAGGUGUGCAGGACGACUGACUCCAGAAAGAGUGAUUGUAAGUUCGGCAGAGCCGGGAGUCAGAACGUGCUGAUAAUGGACCCCAGUUCUACAGGGACGAUGCAGCGGAUACAGAGUGAAAAGAGCAUCCUGGAUGAACCAGACUCUCCUCUAGAGGUUAGUUAUUUCAUUGCAAAGCAGUCAUUCUUUUAA